AUGGACAGAUUUAUUCGCCCCCAUCGAGAGAAUACGCGCCAGCCAGGCUUUUGGAAGCUUGCAAAUGGUGGUAGCGAUAACAAAGCUGGUCUUGAAGAUCAGAUUGAAAGUCAGUCUGUCGAAGGCCUUGGUACUUUUGAAUAUGCUACAUCACAAAGUAGUUCUCUUACUCCGAAUGAUUCAGCUUCACAAAUUCAGUUAUCCACUCUAAUUAAUCCUUUUCUCGAGCCUCUAAAGCCAAAGAGACAGCGAAAAGAAACUUCAUGGGUCUAUACCCAUUUUCAACAAACAUUACUACAGGGAAAGAAUUUCUUUGAUAAACAGACUGGAAAGAUAAAAGCAGACAUACAGUAUUCUUGUCUAUAUUGUAUAGCUCUAGAGGAAUGGACUACUGUUAAAUCAGUUACUAAGGGUUCAACUAGCAACUUGCAGAAGCAUUUAGGGCAGAAGCAUGCUAUCACAUCGUCUCAAAGUUCAAUUCUUUUCUAUAUUAGAGGUCAACCUUUACAAUCUCCUCAAGAACUUCUCGAUCAAAAUAUUUUCAACUGGGCUAUCGGAACAAUGCAGCCAUUUUCAACAUUUGAUGACCCUCUUUUCAGGCAAAUCUGGAGUGAUCUCCCAGGAUUUUCUUGCAAAUAUGGAUCUUCGAAUUCAUUUUCCCGUCAUGUUGACGAAGAGUUUGCUAAGGCUCGGAUACAACUAAAGAAUGAGCUUGGAAAAAUAGAGAAUUGCAGUACUAUUGCACUCUCUCUUGAUGGAUGGAAGAGUGCAAAUGGCUACAAGAUCUUUGCAAUUAUUGGUCAUUGGAUUACAGCAGAUUUUCAGCCUCAGCAUAGAAUUCUUGACUUCCAAGAGAUAGAAGGCCCUGAUACUGGUGAGAAUCUAGCAUCUAUUGUCUAUAAGGUUCUAUGCGAACUAGACAUUAAAGCUAAGCUUAUUUCUAUUACUGGUGAUAAUGCAAGUAAUAAUUUAGCAAUGGCUGAAAUUCUCUAUGAUUUACUUAAAGCCAAUUAUGAACAAGGCAAUACUCAGCAAAUAAUAAGAUAUCAAGGAGAAGGUAGCUUUAUUCGUUGUCUUGCACAUAUUCUAAAUCUGAUUGUUAAGGAAUUUCUUGCUGUUUUGAAAGCUAGUGUUGGAUGUGCGGGUGCAGUCGAGAGCUGGUCACGUGAUAUUGCUCACGUGACGCAGGCUACACGAAGGGAUGAUCUACCGCGUCGAGGUCAAAAUAGCAAGAAGAGACAGAUAAUCAGAAGAAUAUGA